GGAGGCACCGGGGGCACCGGGGCCUUUUGCCGGUGUCAGAAAGCCGGGGGUUAUCGCGCUGCACCCCUGGGCUUCAGGCCACUGGGGCUCGGUGAUAAUUCCCCGUAUUGAUCCGGCCCCGGAGGGAUAACGCUUUAUCAGCGCUGCACGUCCCGGCAGCUGGGGAACGCGCGGCGGCGGCGGUUGGGUCCCUAAUCGGUGAAACAGCCCCGGUGGAGCAGAGUCCAGGUCCCGCUCACUAAUUACAGCCGCGCUCCCGCUGCUCCACCAAAAACCCUUUCAGUUGUGCCGGGAGCCGAUAACGCCGCCCGGGAGCACACAAGGCCACCGGCAGAGGCCCCGCAUCAAAGCUGGCGGCCGCCCGGGGGGCGUUCGGCCGGCGAUAGCGCGGGCAUGGCCGGGGCUGCUGGGCCCACAGCCCCCCGGGGGACUCUGCCCGUGGGGUGCAGCAGGGCGGGGACGCCUCUUAUAGCCGGCGGCCGCGCGCCCGGUAGCAGCAGCGGCGUCGAGCCUCGCGCCAUGCCCCACCGGCACCGCCUGGAGCCCGGCCCUGCCGCCUGCGAGCUGGCCAACAGGACCCAUCUAGACCCGGGGCACCAGGAGGGCUCAGCCAUGGGGACCUCCGACACGGACCUGAGGACGCCAGACGAGGAUGGCUCCAUGGACGGCAUCAGCACCAUCUCUGGCAGCAGGAACCCGCUGCAGCCCGCGGACACCUCCUCGGAGGAGCCCUUCACCACCUACUUCGACAGCAAGAUCCCCAUCCCCGAGGAUGAGACGCACUCAUGCUUCAGCUUCCGCAAGCUCUGGGCUUUCACCGGGCCGGGCUUUCUGAUGAGUAUCGCCUACCUGGACCCGGGCAACAUCGAGUCGGACUUGCAGUCUGGGGCCGUCGCAGGAUUUAAGCUGCUGUGGGUGCUGCUGAUGGCGACGGUGAUGGGGCUGCUCCUGCAGCGGCUGGCCGCGCGCCUCGGCGUGGUGACGGGGCUGCACCUCGCCGAGGUCUGCCACCGCCAGUACCAAAAGGUUCCUCGGAUCAUCCUGUGGCUCAUGGUGGAGCUCGCCAUCAUCGGCUCCGACAUGCAAGAAGUCAUCGGCUCGGCGAUCGCCAUCAACCUGCUGUCCAUGGGGAAGUGAGUCGGGUUUGUCAUCACGGGGACGCAGGAAAUGAGUGCCCCCCCUCUAGGAUUAAGAAAGGGACAUCGUGCGUGCCAAAUGUGCUCGGUUAUUUCCUAUAAAGCUCCCGAAAUAAGCUCUUUGGGGAGGGUGAUUCACCCACGCUGUGCUGGCUCUCUGUCCCAGAUGACUCAGCCGCUGGUGCCCGAUUUAUUCGGGCUCGAAGGAGAGCUGUGGGUGGCUGCCUUUUAUUUGAGCUGUAAUUGAUACAUGCCAAAAACUGGGCUGCAGCCUCCCUGGCAAAUUUUGUAUUCCCAGUAAAGGACCGCCAGGAAGAUGGCCCUUUCUGGCCACAAAGGUGGGAAGUCAAAACAGAAAAGGAAGCUCCCUUUUUGUACCAGCUUGCUGCUGAAGUCUCGCUCGCUCCUGUCCUUGCUGCGGACGUGCAGUUUGCUCGCUAGAUUUGGGGAAAAAA